AUGGCCAACAUCAACGAUUUGCCGAAUGAAAUUCUCGAGUUCAUCUUCAGCUUGCUUCCGCCCUAUGAACCAUUAGAACACUGUGCAGGUGUUUGCAAACGAUGGAAUCUGCUGGCCACAAAUGUGCGAGCACGAAAGAAAUCCAACUUACAGAAGGGGUUGAUUGAUUUCAAUCUUUGUUGGAAGGAAAUUCUUCACGAAUCGACGCCCCGAAUCGCAGCGCGUUUCGCCCAUGCCAGCACGUUGCAUCGAAACUCGAUGUACGUGUUCGGUGGUGCAUCGUCCUACGACACCACGUUCAACGAUCUGUGGCGGUUUGAUCUUUCACGGCGCGAAUGGAUCCGACCAAUCUCGAUGGGAACUUAUCCGUCUCCGAAAGCGGGUGCGUCGCUCGUUUGUUACAACGAUUUGCUGGUACUGUACGGUGGGUGGCGUCAUGCGUACACACCGUUUCACAUGUGCACAAUAAUUGACGAGCUGCAUGUGUACAAUAUAUUGGAAAAUCGGUGGACCAUUCACAAUCAAGCGUUUGGGCCACCAGCGAUGACGGGCCACUCGGCUACGGUGCACCACAAUCAGAUGGUGCUGUUCGGUGGAUACCAGAACAACAUGGAACAUGUACGCACAUCGAACGAUAUCUGGGUGUUGGAUUUGAAGCGGCUCGUGUGGAAGAAGCCCGCCGUUUCCGAUCUGAAACCUGCACCCCGCUACGGACAGUUUCAGAUGGCGGUCGGGGAAGAUCACCUUCUGGUGCUGGGAGGAACCGGAGGCGUGAAUCGGGUGUUUAACGAUGCAUGGCUGUUGGACAUGCAGCGCGACACGUGGGUAUGGAAACGGGUGCAAAUUAAGAAUAAAAGAGGCCCCGUCACUAACAAUUGGUGCUAUCCGGCGUGCAAUGUCGGUUCGAAAGUGAUCGUGUUAGGACCAACGUCACCGAACGAUUUGCAAAUCAUCGUUCCAAGCCGUGUUCCUCCCGUGGGUCGAGUACGCCCUAUGGUCGAGAUACACCGCAUUCGAAUGUGCGGUGCUCGAGGGGUGCACAGGGGAGAACCUAACAUUCCCCGAAAUAGCCCACCGCAAAGACCCAACUUACCGCCACCUCCGCCCGCACCGCUCCAACCCGCAUCAGUCCCAGUCCUGCCAGGACCAUCCGCUCCGAGCAAAGAGAGUACUGCUGCCACACCAAAACAACCAUCCUCUGCGGUACAAAAUGUGGUACCCGGUGAAGCGAGACCCGGACCGUCUGGAUUACGGUCGCCGAGCAGUUCCGCUGCUGGCCCACCGUCACGUGCGAUGCCUGUCAUACGAAGUGCGUUUGGUCGCCAAUCGUCCGAAGAUGACCACUUACCGAAACGCUUUAACCAGCAAAACCUGGAACAGAACCACAUGGCGAUGGUCGCAUUCAGUGUAGACUCCACGAACCAUCAUUCAUCGAUAGCGGCUAGUACCCGAGAGCGGCAACUCGAGCGGUUACGAAAGAUCGAAGAGAAAAUAUCAGCCAUGCGACGCGCGAAGGAAGCUGAACAACACCAGCAGCAGCAGCAGCAGCAGCAGCAACAGCAACAGCGACCAAUAGAUCGACCGCUGCCCGAUGAUCAGCUACUAGAUGACGCAAACGAAUCUGUGCAGGGUAACAGAGACCCUAGCAACAUGUACGAGUCCGUCAGCACGAGCGGAUCCGAUCCGAUCACACCGAAGCGCGUAAAACGGAACGGGCUGGCCAUUUACGUGUGCGAUGUGUCCAAUCUGCUGCCAACGGACGGAAGUACGGAACCUUGCAUUGAGUGGCAGGAGUCGAAAAACAGUGGUCUUAUAGCGGGUGCACCGGACCACUACACGUUUUCCACAAUGAUCAGCGGUAACGGUGAGGUAAUCGUGUUUGGCGGUUUGAACAAAAACCACAAAUCGGAAAAUCUAUGUGUUUCCAACUCCGUGCACUUUCUCACCGUUCCAACGGCCGUUGUGUAA